AGAAAAGCCAUGGGUCUGGGAGAGGGGGUUUGUCUCUAUUUUCCCGGAUUCACCUCAAACGAGGUGAGUCGCUGUGGAGCUGGGUAAAUCGGACAGAGCAGCGAAUGCCACACUGCUGGUAAAGCUAACGCACUCCCCAUGCAGACAAAUGUCAGCUCAUCUUUUUGAUUUGCAUUCCGUACCGGACUAUGUGCUGCUAUAGCAGCAUAACAGACGUCUUCGUACCUCCAUGAUGAGUUCCUCAACGAAGUGGAUAAUUUCGAUGAUCGAAGGCCUCUUGAAUUCUUAUCUCGGCAAGUCUUCAGUCCGAGUCGACUAUUUGGACGAUCAUAGCAACCUUCGCUUCCAGAUCGACUCAGUCAAGAGUGCACUGGUGAACAGUUGUACGAAGGAUGAUAAUCACGUCGUCAAGCUCAUGGUCACUGACUCAGAUGCCCAAGUCGAAGCGAUACUGUCCCGAGAGGCGCUGGAGGAUCAUCGAAAGAAAUACCCGCAUCGUCCAUUUAGCAACGAAGAAGUACGGGGAUACCGUAUUCGCUUGGAGGACUUUGAGUUGGUCUUGGAAUAUACCACUGCUACUCCGAAAGUCCAUUUCUACGUUCAAUGCUUCGAGGUUGAGUGGGGCUCGACCAAGCUCAAGACAUCUCCACAAGGGAAAACUCUCCGGAAGCAUUCUAUUUCUAAGUUGAUACAGGAUGCGUCCAGAAGAGCCAAGCAAUCUGUCCCCAAUAUGUUAGAGCGUGCUCCAAGAUACAAUGAUCCUUUUGGUCCGCCGGCCAAUCAGUUGUCUCAAAUGCCUGUCUCGCAGAAUGUUUUUAUGUCCCAACUUCAUGCAGCUCGCGAAGCUCAAACCAUGCAAUAUCCAUCUAUGAAUGAGGGACUGGGAGGGGCUCACAAUCUUCUUGCGCUGCUGGAACAGCCUGCUGGGGCUAGGGUCAUUAGACCGUCGAACCAACUCCGCCGGGCACCUUCACACUUAUUGAAUGAGAGAUACCAGAAUGAAGGCGCAGUAGCUAUUGCGAUUGCAGGCGUACCAGUCACCCGGCAGUAUACCGCAGGACCUGCAAGAACUAACAUAGAUAUCUCACCAAUGCCCGUGGCCUUCCCGGUUGCAGACGUCGAACCCGUCCAGCGUCCAUCGAGCAACCAAUUUCUUCGGGUGUCUCGACAACCCCUCGCCAACGACCGUGGAUCUAGUGUCGAGAAAGUUGCGUCCCAGAGUGUUGAGAAUGAACAAGAGCGACCUCCGCAGCCAGCAGGGACGGCUCAGCAAGCUGCAGAGAACAGCACUUUCCUGUCACCGCAAACGACCGCCCAAUCUGACAAGACUGUAGUCAGGGAGAACCAUUCACUUGAGAAUCUAGGUCUUGGCUUUGAAGAUCCCUGGAAAGGAUUGACUCGGAUUGAGGCUCGAGACAUUGAAAUACCCAAGGACCAACUAGAAUUACUAGAGUUACAUAAGCGCCGCUGGAUACCACCCCUGCCUGGUGAAAGCAAACCCCAAGGACACGUGCCACCUCGUCUACUCGCCCGGUGGAACCAUAUCGUGACGCGAAGAAAUCGGGCGGCUAGCCAAAAACCACUGGACAAAGCAGUAGACAAACCGCUUUCACCUGGUGUGCCUCUACCUGAUCCUCUCAGUUCUGCACCUGGAGUCGAUUCAGACUCGGAAGGUGAACCUCUGACGUCGCAGUGGUCGGAAAGCUCACCGGAACAAACAAUACGUCGACGUCCUGCCCUUCCCGAAGACAGUAGCCCUAUAAGAGGGAGCCCACGCAGGCCAGCGCGAAAUGUACUAGCUGCAGAUAAACCUAAUUCGCGAGCUGAUCACUUGACAAAAGAAACUGACGCAGCGCCUUGCCAGAGUAUUUUGAGCAGGGUGCAUGAGAAGCCAGCGAGCGUUACUGGCCCAGCCAAAACUGUCAUUCCUCCUGCUGGGCGAAGCAUCACGGACAGAGAUCAUAGCCAAAGUAAAGACUCGGAUGGAGAUAGCGAUGACUCAAUGAUGGAUACCUCUGUGCCCUGCCCACUAGGUGUUGAAUUAUCCCAGUCCCAGUUUGUCAGUCAGUUGGAGCGGGAGGUAACCAGUUCCGGCCCAUUGCUUCCUGGGCCUGCUACACAGGAUCAGGUGCAGGUUUUGGACACACCCGAGACUAACCUUAGUCGUUUCCGCCAUUCUCAGCCUGAUAUGUGUAACAAGGGCGUGCAGAUGCAGCCUUUGAGUACCCAGUCACCCCGGGUGGACAAUUCGUCGUCCCAGUCACGAAUCCUGAAUUCAGUCGGGAGCAGCAACAACAAGGGGUCUUCUUCUCAGAGUGCUACUAAUAAUAAGUCUCGGGAGAGCAACGGUGAACCGCGAGUGGAUAUUGUUGGCACGCAGCUGAGCAGCCAGGGCCUAGCAUCGCAGAACCCAACACCCUAUUCUACCGCGGAGGUGGUUCUGGAUUCAAGUGCGCCAAGACUGCCCGAAGCAAACGUCACAAUGGGAGUUGUAAUGCCCCGUUCUCAGACACCGAAUGCGUUUUCCUCACAUCGGGAGAUGCCCUCAUCACUGUCGCCCGAGAUGGAAGGUCAUACAGCAGCUAGCUUCAUUUCGCUGACUCAGAGAACUCCGGAUAGGUAUUCCGUGGGAGUAGUCUCUAAACGACGUGCAUCCGAGCUAGAGGACGAGGAACUUGGCCCAUCAAAACGGUCUCGAACGCAACCACCAGAAAUAGCUGAAGAGCCAAUGUCCAUCGCAUUGACUCUGAGCAACAACAGUCCCAAUGACAGCUGGGAAGCGCAGCAGGCUUAUGGAAAGUUCUGUCGUAAUUACCCGAACUAUUCUGGCCAAUUUCCUCAUUUCACUAAGCUAUGCUCUAAAUUACAAGCUGUGCGAGCUAAGGGUCACCUUCAGCGGUCUUUCUUAUGGGAUGACUUCAUCCUAAAGCAUCUCGAGGAGUUUCCGCGCUAUAUUGAGCAAUGCCGUGUUUCGGAAACGAAGUCCAUGGAGUACGAGGAGUAUUUCGCAUCCACAUUCAGUCGACCUGUAUACAAGAAGCGAAGCUUGACAUCUCAAGGGAUAGCAGUUGCUGCAGCACAAUACAAUUGUGCUAGUGAGGAGAAAGCGCCUUCCCCUGUACUUGCUGCGCCAACCAGGCCAGACACAUCGUUUACCGGCAGUCUUGUGGAUCACUUCUCCAAUUUGCAUGCUCGGUCUUUUGAACCCGGUAGCCAAGCCACGCUAUCUGAUGCUGAAAUGGACAUAUCGUCCAUAAUGUCGUCGCCCACCCCACAUCGGCACCCUCAAUCUCAAAUUCUCGGAAGUGGGACUCAGUCUGUCGAGAACAAUGAGGAUCAAAAUAUGAUCAGUCAAAGAGAACCUCACUGCCCAGAGAGAGAUGCGUCCUCUGACAUAGGCUCAGCGGAGCGGCUCAUGAUGCCUACGAGCUCAGCAAGCCACUAUGAGUCUGCGAUGGAAAGCAUUUCCAUGCAUCAAGGGACUACAGUCGCCGAGAGUCACAAUACUUCGGAUUCAAACAGACCAGAAAGCUGGCGAAUGUCUACGGAGGCCACGCCGACUCCGGGCGAGCAAAUUCCUGCUGUUGAGUCUGAGCAGCACGGAUCGCAGAUCGAGGACGAAUCCAUGGCUGAUCGCGAAGCUACUCCAACUCCGGCCAGGCCAGUGCCUGCGAUUGAGUCUGAGCAGACGGAAUCGCAUGCCAAUGAAAAUCCCAUGGCUGUUCGAGAAAAUAUGCUGAUUUCGUGCGAGCAAUUCCCGGCGUAUAAAUUUGAACGACGUGAAUCGCAAAUCGAGGACGAGUUCAUGGCUGAUCGGGAAGCUACUCCUAUGCCGGCGGAGCCAAUGCCCACGAUUGAGUCCGAGCAGUUUGAAUCGCAGAUCGAUGGCAGUUCCAAGCCUGGUCAAGAAGCUACUCCUAUCCCAACCGGGCCAGUGCCCGGGGCUGAAUCUGAGCACCUCGAAUCGCAGGUUGAUGACAAAUCCGUAGCUGAUCAAGAAGCUACUUCGCUUUCGGCCGGACCAGCGCUCGCAAUUGAAUCUGAACAGCAUGAGUCGCAAAAUGAUAUCAAUUCCAUGGCUGAGCAACAAAUCAUUUCAUCACUGUGCGAACAAGUUGUUUCGCGUGAAUCAGAGCAGCGUGAAAUGGGUGACCGACGAGCCCCAGCUUUGGCCAAGACAAUGCCCACGGUUGAGCUCGAACAAUCUGAAUUGCAGCUCGAGGACAAUUUCCUCACGGAGCAACCAGCUGAAAGAAUAUUGAUUGAGCAUGUGGAAGUUCGCCAGUUCGGAGCGGCUGAGGGCAGCCAAGAUGUCACAAUGGCCGAGAUGGAAGCACCAGAUAGGCUAGUUGAAGAGAAUUUCCACAGCAUGGUUAGCCAAAAGUUAGAAACGGCGUUCCCAGAAGAGUCCCUGCAAUCAAUCACUGUGACAAGUGAAGCACGAACCUUGGUGCCUGGGGAGCAUGACAAGUCGACUACGGAAGGUGCUCACAUCACCGUUGAUAAGGAAGCAGCGACAAUGGGUCCAGCAGAGCCCUCACAAUCGAUGAUGACAGCAGAAGAAGUGGGAUCCUCUCCGCCCGAUGCACAUGACGAGUCUAUUGUAGAAGACACCCAAGACACGGCCGACGAAGAUGCUGAGGAAGUGGAUCUAGCAGCAAGCCUGCAAUCUAUCAUUGCAGCAGAUCAAGCAGCGCCCGCUGCCUUGGAAGAGCAUGACAAGUCGAUAGUUGAUGCUACACAUGGACCAAGUGGCCAAGAAGGCACGGAUGUUGAAAUGGUUAUAGAAGGGACAGUAGACUCGGCUGUUCAGGGCAUUGAAGACUCGGUUGACCGAGAAGUUGGAUUUGGGGACCCAGCAGAACAGCGACAACCUGUUCCUGCAGAGAGCGGAGCAGGAUCCUCUCAACCAGAGGAGGAAGGCCAGUCGACUGCGGAAGACAUCGCCAGCACAGUCAACCAGAAGACAAACAUGGUGGACUUAGUGGGAGAUCUGCAUUCUAUAACUGCGAAAAAUGAGGCAGCAACCUCCGAGUCGGACGAGCAAGGCGAGCCGGUUAUUGAAGAAACUUACACCUUUGAUCACGGAAGCCAGGAUGUAGAAAUGGCUUCGGAAGAACAAGAUGAGCCGGUUACUCAAGACAUCCAAGCCACAAUCGAUCAAGAAGCUGGCUCACCGGGCCCAUCAGAACAGUCGCAUUAUAUCAGUGCAGGAGACGACGCGGACUCUAUUCAGCCAGAAAUGCAAGACGACUCCAUUGUCAGGGUUACCAACGACACGCCCAACCAAGUGGCGGAGUUAGUGGGUUCUGCCGAGAAGCUGCACCCUGUUGCUGCAGAGAAUGAACCCAGAUUUGCUGAACCGACUCUGCUAGUAUCAGCAGAGCAGUCAGACGCUGAGAUAGAGAGCGAUUUUGAGCAGCUGCAUCCUGUUAGCGCAGAGGGCGAUACAAGAUCGGACGGCAAAGAUUCAGUCACGCCAGCACAGCACUCAGAUGCUGAUACCCAGGGCAAUAUCGAGCAGCUGCACUCUGCUACCGCAGAGGAUGCAGCACUGUCCACCGAGAAUACUCCAGUCGGGCCAGAAGAGGCACUAAAUCCUCCUAUGGAGAGCGAUUUCGAGAAGUCGUAUUCUGUUGUUGCAGGUCAUGAACCUGGAUCUGUUGAUGAAGCCUUAGUGGAAUCUUCGGAAUACUCGGAUGCUAUUACGCAGAGCAGAGUGCUAGGGUCGCACUCUCUGGUUACAGAUCGUGAAUCCAGGUCUGACGAAGAAGCUUCAGAACCAUCAGAGCACUCGGAUGCUGUGAUGGAGAGCGACCCCGAGCAGUCGCCCUCUCCCAUCGCUGAGGAUGAAGGCGCAUUUGCGGAAAAAGAAGCUUCAGUCGGACCAUCAGAGCACUCGGACCUUGUUAUGGAGAGCGGUGUCGAGCAGCCGGCCUCAAUUAUCACGGUGGACGAAGUUACCGCUGGCGAACAAACGCCGGUGAAGCUAGCCGCGCCCUCCGAACCCGAGCUCGCGAGUCAAGCCAAUCCCAUCGAAAUCACUGAUUCCGACGAGGAAGUCGACUCCGUGGUCAUCGACGAAGGACAUGAAACCGCCAGCAUAGAGCUGGGCGAAGAACCUUCGUCGCCACCCACUACUCAACAGCCACAGCAGCCGGAGAGUGAAUCUGAGGAGGAGGAUGACAUUAACGAGAACUGGUUCCUUUCCCUCCGCCACAUGCGCCCGACAGGCCCGGUUUGGUCGGACAGCCCAAAUACCCCCUUCAAACAAUGGGUGCGAGCAGACCAGGCGGUUCUGAGUGAGCGGUACCGCCGAGGCGGGGCGUAUCUUCCUGUGGAUGAAAAGGGGGUGAUUCAACGGCCGGGCUUCCGGUGACUUUCCUCUUCGGGGUUAUCCUUUAUUUCUAUUUCCUUCGUUGUAUAAGAUAAUGUGGGGUUGAAUUUGCUUGCAAAAGCUGGGGCUUGAAAUGU